ACAGUCGUCAUACAGUACAAAUAAAAAUACGCAUACACUGCUUGACGCAAUCGUCGUACCGUUUGUAUACAAAACACGCAGACACUACAAUACUGGUGCAACACUGGUCGCUGCCAGCAAGAAUCAGAGUACAACUUGCCACAAUCACUUUUCUUUAGUUUUUUGGGUUUCUAUUAACAACAAUAAGAGUAAGCUCGUCGCGAACUGCUGCCCAACGCUAAAUAGCAGAAAUAAUUAAGUCAAUUAAAGCUUAUGUUCAUGCUAACACUGUUUACAAGAAGCUCUGCAGCUCAAUAACACCCACGCGUAAUCAAAAUUUUCAGUUCGCACCAGUAGACUUCGGCGACAAUAACAACCAACCAAGAACCAAACAUACACACAGCACCUGCACAAAUAACUAAAACAAGAAAGCGGAUGUCAAGCUCUAGAUCUGCGCAAAUACGCAAACGUAGUCUUCUCCAUACAGAAGUUGAUCGUGACUGAGUGACUGUCCGCCAUAAACCGAAUUUCAAGUUGUAACCAAUUCUUCCAAAGCGUACCAACUGUAUAAACAGCGACGCACACACAUUAAAAUACGGACGCUCUACAAUAACCAGUACAAGUAUGGACUUUUCAGCUUCACCUUCGUUUGAAUCAACAAAUGGGACAACGGAUCAUAAGGUGCCACUGCGUGGUGGGUCGCAAAAUAGCUCGUAUUUGGGUGGUUCUAUGGAUGGUUCCAUGUAUGAUAGCGCUCUGGAUCACCAACUCUCCUUAUCGGCGUACAAAUCAUUCAAUGAAAGCGCCAGUGACAUUAACCAGAGUGCGUUGAACGCAAAACAAAAGCCAUCCCUCUCCGCUUUGGAAAGUACGCUGAAUAGCAGCGAUUCGACGUUCAAGUCGUUGAAUGCCAGCACAAUAUUAAUACAUUCUGAGAGCAGCGAUACCAACACCUCGCAGGAGGAAGUCGAUCCCAAGUCACAGCUGGCCAAUAAGGCAGUAUUCAAAACGGAUAAUCCCAACUUGUCAAUUAUAGAGAUAAAUGAUAAUUCUAUCAAGGAGCAGGACUUGGAAAAGGAGGUAGUGCUAAUAGAACAUUUGUCCGAUGAUGAUGCAGCAGCGGAGAAAGUGAAGAGCAUACUAAAGAAAUCACCCAGCAAAACGGCAGCAGGUACUGCGACUACAUCGCAGGACAAUGCUGCGGACAAACGUCGACGCAAAGCAGAGUCGCUUCUUCAGUCUAGCAAGCAAAAGCUGGACAUCAAUAUAGCAGAGGCCUCAGCAGCGGCCGAUGCAGGCAAGAGUGUGCAGCUGGCCGACCCACUUGGCCCUGCCACAGAUCUCUCUGUCGGUCUACCACAAACGAAGCGAGAAAUUGAAAUCUACGAUACACUAGAGGAAUUUGAACAGAAUCUGCCAUCGACGGUGACGUUGUUGAACACCCCAUUCGGCAGCAAAGUUUAUCUUGUGGGCACGGCCCAUUUCAGUGAGGAAUCACAGGAUGACGUCUCCUUUGUCAUACGCAAUGUCCGUCCAGACGUGGUCAUGGUUGAGCUUUGUCCAUCACGCAUACACAUACUGAAGUUAGAUGAGAAGACGCUGCUUGAAGAAGCCAAGAACAUAAAUAUACCGAAGAUAAGGGGUAUUCUGCAGACGCACGGCUACAUUAAUGGCAUUUUCUUCAUCCUCCUGCUGCAGAUGAGCGCACAAAUUGCAAAGGAUCUGGGCAUGGCACCAGGUGGUGAGUUUCGUCGUGCCUUUGAGGAGAUACACAAGCUGCCCGGCUGUAUUUUGCAUUUGGGCGAUAGGCCCAUACGCAUUACAUUGUAUCGUGCUCUUCGGGCACUUUCGCUAUGGCAGACAAUGAAGCUGGUGUGGCGCCUUACUACUACUGACACCAUCAGCAUCGAGGAGGUGGAGGAGUGCAAGCAACGCGAUUUGCUCGAGAAACUCAUGCAGGAAAUGGCGGGCGAGUUUCCCGCCUUCUCGGACGUAUUUGUGCGUGAGCGCGAUCUCUUUUUAUGCCACUCCCUGCAGCUGGCUGCCUUGCCACAGGCAGCUCCUGACGCUCAUAAGGUGCGACCCGUGCGAGUUGUAGGCGUUGUUGGCAUCGGACAUGCCAAUGGUAUAGCCAAGAUGUGGGGCCAAGUUGAUCCGGAAAAGAUACCCUCCAUACUCGAAAUACCGCAGGCCAGCCUGAGCCAGCGCAUCUGUAAAUAUACUUUCAAAUACGGACUCAUAGGCCUGGGUUGUUAUGGCGCAUUUCGCAUAUUGCGACCGCGCAUGGCGCGUUUUUUUUAAGGUAUUGAUGGACCACAAGCGAGAUGUUCGAUUAUUUCUAAGUUCAAACAAAUUGUUGAUUUUGUUUUAUAUUAAGCUGAGACGCGCGUAUAUGCAUAUAAUAUACAAAAAACAAACACAGACACUUACAUAUACAUACAUACAACUAGACAUAUGCAUACUAACAUACCCGAACCCAAGGACUUUAUAUUGAAUGAACGCCGCGAGAAGUUACGAAUUGUACAAUGUUUUUGAUAUACAUUAUUUAUAUACUUCUAACGUAUAUUGCUGUAUGUUCCACACAAAAAUACACACAUACACAGACACACAUAUUCCUGGUUUGAAAAACCCUAUAUACAUAUAAACAAAAAAAAAUUAGUGUUAAAAAUCCUAAAGAAUACUACAUACAUAUGUAUAUGGUAAUUACUUGGCUUCUGUUCAUAUUGUUGUAUACUUGUUCCGAAAAACAAAAUCAAAAAUUUUGACAGAUUUUUGUCUACGAUUUUGAAGAUAGUCUAAUCGUCGCUUUAUAUGUAUGUACAUGGUUUCCUAGAAGGUUCAGUAAACAUCUAAAGCUGUAUGAAUUGCGAGGAGAGCAUGCUGAUUUAUAAUUCAUAUGUGUAGGUAUUAUUGCUGCCUUCGGCUGGUUAAUCAUCGACCGCAACUACAUACUACCUAGUUAUACAAACAUAUACAUAUAUAGUUGUUGUUCAUUCCAUCGUAAAAACUUUAGAUAGUACUCAUUGUAAUUAAGUGCAAAACGUGAUGGACCCCUGACAAUGGCCGUGUGUAAAAAAUCCAAACAUGUUACUACAUAUACAAACAAACAAAAAUUAAUUCAUGUGUUUUUUAAACCUAAAUCCGACUAAUAUACAUAUUUCGUACUAAGUGAGCGUUUUGAUUGCGGACAACUAACUGAUUAAGAAAGACAACAACAAAUCGAAUGCAGUAGUUUGUGCUAAAUUAGAGCAGGUGUUAUGUAGCAUUUAAAACUAGUAUACCACCCGAUAGAACUCCUGUGUAUAACAGACUCAAAUAAAAUUACAAAAUAUACAUUAUUAUUAUAUACAAA